UACCGUCACUUGCUCGCUCUGUUCUCUCCGAGACUCAAAGUGCACAAAGAGGAGCAACAUGUGCGACGUGCAGCUGCUGCGGGUGUCGGUACAUGAGCGGAUCAGCGCAGCCGCUGAAGACUUUCUGCUGCAGGUGGAGAAAGGAGGAGAAACGACUCAAGUCCCGGCGCUGAGAGCGAUGCUAACCGAGCGGCUAGCGGCGGCAGCGGAGGAGAUUGUCUCGGUGUUUGAGGAAACCGUGGCGGUGUAUGAAGACAGAAUGGAGCGUUCAGAGCGGGAGAUCUACCGCCAGAGGAGGCUGCUCGAUGACGUGAUGAAGCCCGAACUCCGGCUGCACAGAGUUGUGUGUCCUGCAGACGUACAGCAGCUGAUGGUGAUUAAAGAAGAGGUUCCCCCUGAGCAGCAGCAGUGGAGCCCCCUUGUGGACCAGGAGGACCCAGAUCCCCCCCACAUUAAAGAGGAACCGUGGACCAAUCAGGAGGGGGAGCAACAACUUGAGCAGGCUGAUAUCAAGUUCACAUUGACUGCUGUCACUGUGAAGAGUGAAGAAGAUGAAGAGAAACCUCAGUUAUCACAGCUUCAUCAGAGUCAGACUGAGGAGAACAGAGCGGAUUGUGGAGAACAAGAACCAGCCAGGAUCUCAGGUCCUGAUGGACAUUUACAACAAGGUACUGAGGACAAGACUGUAGACAGUGAAGAUGAUUGGAUGCAGACCAGGGAACCUCAGUCUGGUUUAAAUACAAAAAAUAACAAACAGCCUCUAAGUGAUAUGAAAUGUAAAACUGGUAAGAAAGCAUUUAGUUGCUCCGAGUGUGGGAAAAGAUUUAGCAACAAGAGCAAUCUAACUUUACAUAUGAGGAUUCAUACAGGGGAGAAACCAUUUAGAUGCACUGAGUGUGGUACAACAUUUAGCAGAAAGUGCAGUCUAACUAAACAUAUGACGAUUCAUACAGGAGAGAAAGCAUUUAGAUGCACUGAGUGUGGUAAAAGAUUUAGCCGAAAUUCUAAUCUAACUGAACACAUGACGAUUCAUUCAGGAGAGAAAGCAUUUAGUUGCACCGAGUGUAGUAAAAGAUUUAGACAAAAGUGUUCUCUAACUUUACAUAUGAGGAUUCAUACAGGGGAUAAACCAUUUAUUUGCUCUGAGUGUGGUAAAACAUUUAGACAAAGGGGCAGUCUAACUGGACACAUGAAGAUUCAUACAGGAGAGAAAGCAUUUAGUUGCUCCUAGUGUGGUAAAAGAUUUAGAGUAAAGGGUAAACUAACUGCAUAUGAGUAGUCAUUCGAUUAAAUUGUCUUAAUCGAUCAUCGUGAGAGUUAAUGACGAAUUUUCGAUUAAUCAUUGAUAUUUUUAUAUUAAAAUUCACUAUUUAUAGACUGUUAAAAUGCAGUGAAAAUAGAAAAAACACAGCGUGUUUCCUCAUUGAGGUCUUUAUUACAAGAUGAACAACUCUUGUGGCAGUUAAACGGGAUCGUUCAAUGGUUACACUUGAAAAUAUGCGCUGCUGUACACUUCAGCCCCGCUGAGAGA